GCAGGUGCUGAAAAAAAAAUGACUACCUUUUCCGAUCGAUUACAGCUUCUACUUGAGCAACAACAGCAGUGCUUCAAAAAUAGCCAGUUAAAUUUUUUAGAAAAUUUACGCACACUGUUGGUAAAUGUUCCAUGUUUCGGAGGUGCAACAGAAGUUGGUAAAUUCAUUUCUCAUCUGCAGACUGAGCUGGAAAACAACUGCAGAACAUAUGAAGCUGUUUAUAAAAGCCUCUGUGAAUCCCGGACGACCAGUGAUGUAAACGAGACAGUUAUUCAUGGUCCGCCCAGUUGUCCAGAAAUGUCAAAUUCCGAAACGUUCCCUGUCGUGGGUUCAAAUCCCACUGUUCCUGAAACGUGUACAGACAGUGAUGUACCCAGCUCACAGGAGGAUCUCUUAUUAAAUGCUCAUAAAUUAAUUGCAGUACCCGCCCACAACGGAACAGGGAACAAAUCGUGCGGUACACUGAAUCCAGCUGUUUCAAAUGGUCCUCAUCAUUCAACAACAGGAGAUUCUGACGAAUCUUAUUAUCUAGAUCUUUUUGUACCAGAAAAUGUGUUAAAUGCAUUAAAUGAUGAUCAGAAAUCUAAUACAAUUUUGAUAGAUGUUGAUUAUCGCAGUGAUCAACUGUUUACAAAUGAGAUUUUCAACAAAUCCCGUGACAAUGUUCCAGAAGAAUCAAACGUUGGUGACCUCAUAUCAAGCGACAUUGUUCCCCACUAUUUAAUCACUUUCAGUGACUCCCCUGUUCAAUCUGACAAUUAUGUGUUAAAUAAAGUCAAAUUAAUUCUAACUUGGGAAUAUGAGGACCCAACAUUAUUUCGUGGGGGAGGAUGAACCCAGAAAAUUUCAAAAUCCGGAUAUCAACUCCGGAUCUUCAAAAAAAAGGGGAGGUGUUGUGGAUGCGGAAGAAUAGACCAAUAAUUAUCAUGUUAAGUCCAGUGGUGUCCUUGGACUUUAAAUGUACAUUCCCUAUUGGCUAUUAUUUAAUUCAUUCGUUACAUAUUGCGUAAAUGUUGUUUACUAUUUUUAUGGUACGAUGUGGUAUGCUUGAUUGGUAUAUAAACAAAGUAUGUUUGAAAUAUAAUGAUUCAUAUCUCCGAGGCUGUGACUUUUGUUCUCCACUCAACUGGGCUAGGACAGACAGCGGGGCAGGGCCAAUCAGGGCACUAGGUCGUCCCUUACGUGUUUUCCGUGUCACUGUACUGCGAUCGAUCAAUAAAUACGCUGCUUAUCAAGACCUGCAGUCACAUCAGUCAUAACA